AUGGUCCAUAUACACGAUGAAAACUCUCUUCCUACAAGGAUUAUGGCCAAACCAAAGCAUCAUGUUUGGAAACAUUUUCAAGAAGUACGCGAUGGUAAAUCAGUUAAAGCGGUGUGCAAGUUUUGCAAGAUGUCCUAUAUCACCCACGUUGAUAGAAUGGUCAAACAUUUAUUAAGCAGCUGUACUAUGUGCCCUGUUAUAAUUAAGGAAAAAUUUUAUUCAAAUUCCAAAAUAUCAACCUCUACAAAAAAUAUCACAAAUGUAAUUUGUAAUACUUCUAAGUCUAACUCUAAUGAAGAAUUGGGAGAAUUUGAUUCCAUUAUUUCUAAUCAAUCUACAAGCAAGGCGAUUAAAUAUAAAUCUCAAUCUUGUAUAACCGGUUUCAUAGAUAGAAUUAAUCCCAAAGAAAAAAAUGAGCUGGAUCAAUUGUUUGCAAAGGCUGUAUAUGCGAGCAAUUUACCUUUCCACAUCACUGAAAAUCCCUACAUCCAAGAAUUUUUUAAAAAAAUACGUCCUAUUUACACAUUACCCAGGAGAAGGCAGCUGGCUGGAUAUCUUCUAGACAAAGCGUCAGGUGAUAUGGAGGUGAGAGUUGCAGAUAUAAUAGAUAAAGCUCCUUACUUAUCAAUUGUAUCAGAUGGCUGGAGCAACAUUAGAAACGAGAGUAUUAUUAAUUUUAUGGUGAUGACGCCUGUUCCAGUGUUCUACAAAUUUCUAAAUACUGAUGAAAAUCGCCAUACGGCAGAUUAUAUUGCCCAGGAAUUUAAAAAUGUAAUUCAUGAAUUGAAUCCGGUAAAAGUUUAUUCUUUAGUUACUGAUAAUGCCGCUAACAUGAAAGCAGCCUGGAGAAUUCUAAAAUUUGAAUCUAUUUAUAAUCAUAUACAAUAUUAUGGUUGUGCAGCGCAUACAUUGCAGUUAUUCUUUCACGAUUUUGAACGAUUGAACGCCUUCACUGACCAUAUUUCAAUAAUUAAAAAAAUUGUUAAAUUUUUCAAGAAUAAACACAUACCAGCUGCAGUAUUUUCCCGUAAUAAGAAUCUUCAUGGCAUACCAUCUACAUUAAGUACAAUUAGCCAAACAAGAUGGGCAUCGUCAAUAAAAUGUAUGGAGCAAAUUCAAAUAUGCAAGAAAGCUCUAAAAGCAUUAGUUGUUGAAGAAGCUGUUUGUGAUAUUUGUCCCAUAGAAAUUACCAAUAAUAUAUUAAACGAAGAAUUUUUGACGAAAAAUUUAAAAUUUUUAGCUAUACUCCAACCUUUAGCUACCUCAUUGUUGAAAGUGCAAGGGGAUAAAUGUACUUUGGCCCAAGUAAAAAACGAGAUGCUUAAUUUGGAAAAACACAUAAUACAAUCAUGCCAUGAUUCUAUAUUUUCUCCAUCUCAAGAAAAAAUAAUUAAGGUUAUGUUUGAAAAGAGAAAAACUGAUCUAAAUACAUGUGCUCACAAUGCUGCUUAUUUAUUGGACCAAUAUCAAGGGGAGCAUCUUACUAAUACUGAAUUUGAUGAAGCAUGUAAUAUAAUACAAGAAUUGGGUAUUUUACAAGGUGGUGAUAAUCAAAAUAUUUUGAGUAAUAUAGUAAAUUUCAGAAGCAAAAGCGGUAUAUUUAAUAGCCAUAAUAUGUGGAAAGUUGUAACUUCCAUAAGAAACAAUCAAAUUUCGGCCUCAAGUUGGUGGAAUGCAUUUUGCCCACCUUGCCCAUUAAGAGAAGUCGCUAAUAUUUUACUAACAUUUCCUAGUUCGACUUCUUCUUCUGAAAGAAAUUGGUCGGUUUGGGGCAAUAUUCACACGAAAAACAGAAAUAGAUUAAAGGCUUCUACAGCAGGAAAAUUAGUAAGAGUGUUUCAUAAUUUAAGAUUGAUUAAAAAUAUUAAAGAAAAUAAUGAUAUUGAAUAUGAAUCGGAACAAGACUCUUCCACGGAGGGUGAAACAUUGACUAUAGAAUGA